AUGGAGAGUCAGACCAUCGGAAGUGUCGAUGUUCACACCACGAGGCUUCAGGAUGACAACAACGACUUGAAGGACAAGGCGACAGAGCAGCCGCUGGUAUCUAGAAUAGCUAUCCAGUCCGCAAUCCAGAAUGCCCACGACGAACCAGGCAAGUAUGGGACCAUCACGAGGUCAGUAUCGACAGAAUACACUGACUCUACCAUUGAUCCUGCCAACGGCACCUUGAGCCAUACCUCACCGCUGAAGUCAGAUGAUACGAAUCAGGAAUCUCAAGAUAAAAGGCUUCCAGCUGGGAGUAGUUUUACCAAAGCUGUUUCUCCAAUUGGCGACCCUGAACAGCAGUCAACUGAUGGUGCGAAACUAGAAGUCGAAUCGGAAGAAGUCAAGGCAUCUCAAACUUACCCUUUCAUGGAUAAUUUCCCAGAUGGCGUGUGGUGGACUCGUUUAGAUGAGGACGAGGGACAAACAAGAUCUUUAGACUUUGGGUGCAAUGGAUUUACAGCUUCUCUCAAUAUAGGACAUGAGCUUCUGCAAAUAACUGCUCCGGAUAGUCGACACGGUAUCGUCCAUGCUCGAGGCUCAUACGCCGAUAACCCAGAUGCCAUUCUUGCCAGAGCACAACGGACCAGUGGUGGGAAAUCUACGUUCGGAUUGAAAUGGCUAGGUGGCGCCUUGCACACCUAUCGACGGGGACCAAUCGAAUAUCACGGUUUGCUCAAUUUUCGAUGGCCAUACAAAAGAUAUACUCUUUUUUGCCCAAGAACUAAGCCCGGCACCGUAUCUUCACUAUCAUUCGUGAAAGAUGAAAUGGUGUAUCAGAUCCUCAAGUUUGAACCUGGAGUGCCCGUUCCUCUCCCGCCAUCUCCCAUUGUCCCUGGUCCCGAAAGACUCGCCUCGCGGGCUCCCCCACCACCUCCACUUCCAUAUUUACCGAAACCGUGGCCUCCUACUGAGUCUGGAUCACCCCCAAGACCAUGGGACUACCUUGUUGAGAUCGAGAUGGGAGGGGUGGUGAAGCUCAACCCUAGUUCUUUCUCGCAUACCAAUCCUGCGUGUACUAUUGAGUACGAAAACAAAGCCAUGUCGUAUCUUGAAGACAAAUCCACGUCUGAACUUAUUUCAAUCGAAGCUCUCCGGUUAACAUUUGAACUAUUUAUCAAUGGCCGGAAGGAAGACUUAACACUUGCAUCGCCUCCGCCUCGAAGUGACAUAGGAGAAGUCGACAUGGCCGUCAAAAAGACUUUUUCGCUGGAGCCUGGAAAGUCUACGGUCAUUGUUGGCCGUACUGCGCUGGGAUCCACUGAUCAUUACUCUUUCAAUACUCCACUUCCCACAAAUGAAGAGCUUGCAGAAUACCUGGGAGCCACAGCGACAUCAGCAAAUGCCAGCGACAGAGUUUGGAUGAGUCGCAUUGAUCUGGAUGCCGACAUUGAUGACGAUGACUUCUGCACGAGUGCCGCAUGCUUAGAGCAGAUACUUGGGGUUACAUCAGUUCCCAUGCGCCAUUACUGGAAAGUUCAUCUUCGAAGACCUGGUUCUGCAAGCUCUAGUAACACUUCUGUACGUCAUGAGGGUGAGACGACACAAAAUUCUGACAGAUAUGAUCGAGCUAAAGAUAGGGAGAACGUGCUGGGGACUGGGCUUGAGAAUAACGUCAAGGCAGUUACAGACACAAAGGUACUACCAGUGGGAGAUCUGGAUUCGAAUGAUGCUCCCACCGCAACGAAAGGUCAAGACAGUAGUUUUCGGGAAGUGGCUACCAUUCUCGGAAAGACUGCUGUGACUUCUGAGAUGACUGAUCUUGCGGAGUUAGACAUGGAUACGGCAGGAAAGAAAAGCUCCAUCAUUGCUUCAUCAACCACUUCCACAAACAAAGGGGCCUUCGAAGACCAGAUACAGGAAGUUCCAACACAAAGUCCUGCGCCAGAAGCGGACCUUAUGGGUAUUCGUAGGAUGAGUACACGAGCGUCGUCCAAAAGUGACAUAACAGUCGACUUGGUUACCAUAAUACCACCACACCAGCUUCUGGAAAUGGACGACCCGAAUAUGGGCAUUGCUCUACUCUCUGGAAUACUGUGUAACCAGUGGGUUGAUAUUCAACGGUCAUUCUGGCAAAUCCGGUAUAUGGUUAAAGCACACAACUUCCUAGCUGUGCGAGAGCCCCAUUCCAAAGGCUCACACGAAGUUCCCAGGAACGUGUCUACGCCCGAAGAAUCAGCCAGCUUCGAAAAAGUACGGACAUCAUAUCUCAACCGCAUUAAGUUCCACAUCCACCAUUCCCUUGUGUGGAUUGCAAAAGCUAUAUUGCCCAGCGGCUACCAUGCCCUUCCAUCAACUCGGCCUUACAGUCAUGAUACCAAACUUGAUAUUGAAGACAUUGAUGACGAUAGGAGCCUUUACCCACCUAUUGUACUCUGGUAUGUGAUGAGGAAAUGUCCAGAAGCUCUCCCUCCAGUCUUCAUGACGACUCUGGCGGACUGUAUUCAAAAGCUAGUCGACCAGAGGAUUCCAAAGGUUGACAUUACAAGUAACAAUCACGCGCCGAAGUUGGCCAUACUUCUGUGGUAUCGGUACUCCUGUCUGGCUCGGAUAUCUCAACACUUGCGCAAUUUACCAGCUUUUGGAGAGCCUUCAUCCGAUGCUGACCAGGCGAGUACACCAACACUUCCUUCCGCUGAAGAGAUUUUAGGGUUUUCUAGUAAAGCAUAUGCUUGGCAGCAAAAGGCGGAGAAAGCCAUGGCUUCAUCCCGGCGAGCAGCUGUGGACUCGUACUCGGACCAGGACGAGUCUGCAGAUCGACUAACCUUUCUUGGUAUUGAGCUAGGCUUUGUCCAAAAGGAUGAAAUGAAGCGACCAUCUUCAUGUUUAUCACAGUCUCGUCGCAGGAUUCUAGACCGCAAGCCGACCCUGUCUCUCAACCCGGGAGCCCCACUCUUCGGCCAGGACGGAUCUGAGCGAGUCUCUAUUUCAGCACCCUGGGAGCUGACAUGUGCUAACCAUCACAUCCGGCUCCAACUUUGGAGAGAUCCAGAUCUAGAAGAUGGCCUCUACUCAGCACGGAAAAACUGCUUGCAAUUCUGGUCGACGAACUUUAUCUUCAUUAGCUCAUGGAAUACAGGAAACACCAGUGUUGUCGCCGGUUUCUGGGAUUUGGAGGCUUCUUACUUGCUGUUGGGCACUUCUGCUCCCGAGUCCUCUGACACGCAUCAGCCGCACACAUCACGAAGACGGCCGUCAAAUGCAGUCGCCCCGGAGGUUCCUAAGGAAGAAUUUGCUGUUGAUGCAAGGAGAACGAAGGUCGAUCCUCAGGGUAAACGCGAAUUCUGGGACGAAAAUGUUAUUGACCUGCUUCGAAAACAGCUCGUGAAGCAGGAUGCUCUCAUCCAGGCGCUGACAAAGCAAAGUGACAAUGCAUUCGCGUUUGAUUGGACCCGCUGUGAGCCUCUUGUUCCAUUUCACCUAGCUACGUGGGUGCAAUCGCUCGACGACACCCCUGAGCUAUUCCGUUCUACAGAAACACGAAGGGUUCACCCAAGAAGCGAAUUAGAGAAAUACCUUAUCGGACCACCUGUUGUGCUGCUCAAUGGGGGAGUUGCCAGUUUCGUGGAAGCCCCCCCUGACUGGACGAUGGACAACGUGUCCCAAAGGUUUAAACCCGACGAGCUUCUCUUUAUAAGUCUCUAUGAUAUGGAGCUCAAGGAUGGUCUCUACUGUGAGCGACAAGUUAUCGGUCGGAUCGAGCCAUUGAAAAACAUUUUGUUCGAUGGGCGGCUCAAAUUUGGCUUCGAAUUCCAUAUGUUUUUCGACAAUGGAUCAUUAGAAACCAGACUGGGCAUGUGGACCUCAUAUCUUGAUAAUCAACGUCGUGGGGCACCGGGAUACAGAGAGAAGCCAGACCCCAUCAAACGAAGAUACAAUGAAAUCUCGCCUUGGCAAAGGCAAACAAUCGAGACCGAGGAAAUCCGCAAGGCUACAAAAGCCCAGGUUCGAGAGAAGCUUCUAACCAGACUGGGCGACAGCCUUGUGGACUGUCAAACCCAUAAUCGUAUCUUCUUCAUCCAGCGAUGCUCCCCAUCUAUUGUCAAAGCAUUCAUUUAUAUGUGGCAUCCACAAUCUAUUGAUACAUUCGACGACCACUUUCGGAAUGCCUCGACCUUCUUGGAUUCCAAAUCGGACACUUGGAGCACGAGCAUUACAAUUUCGUAUUGGGGGUUUAAAGUCGAAGGCUCCGUGAAUGAUAAACUGUUUGAAGAACCUCGUGAUACAGCACCAUUCCCUCCAAAGAUGGUCUCACGCUGGCAUAGAUUCAAGGCCAAGAAGGGCAACAAGAGAUCCAAAGCAGGAGGUCCAACUGACGCCCCUGCACGAUACAUUGCGGAGGGCUCGUCCUCCAUUGUAUUUUCAGGAGAUAAUACAGGACGCUGGUGGAUAUGUUCACUGAUCUCAUCUGUCUUACCAGAAGCGGUGAUGCGCCAAGCAAUGGAUGACUCGACGUCUACUUUGACAGAAUUCAUUCACCAACCAUCCAGUGGAAGAUGUCUUGUUUUCCUAUCCUUCCUUGGAGAGUUGUGCGAGCAUCUUUCACUUGAAUAUGAGAGGCUUCUGGAUGAGCUUACAAGAGCAAUCAAUCUCGGUAGAGAGGUACUGAAGAAAGGACUUGAUUGGACUCAUGCAGAAGAUGCCAUCCAACGAUUGAAGUCCAUGCUAUGGGCCUUGGAAGCUCUUAGAAUCUUUGAUGAUCGACUCGGGGAGUCUCUGGACACUAUCAGAGAAGCCAGAGAUAAGAUGCGAACUUAUCUGACUCAUGGUCCAGGGAGACGGCACGACCAGCUUGAAAGGCAGUGUCAAAUACUACUCGAAGAAUUUGACAAAAAGCAUGGUCGGUUGGUUUCGGUCCACAUCAAAAUUGAGCAGAAGAUCAAUCAGAUUUCCAGAUAUCGUGAAGGAAUCUCCGCGGUCUCCAACCUCGAAGACACUCACACUGCACUCAAGCAAAAUGACACCAUCCGCAUCCUCACCUAUAUUACAAUCGCUUACCUGCCUUUGUCUUUCAUUGCAACUGUCUUCUCGAUGAGCAUAGUCACCGAUAGCAACUGGGGCCCCAACCUAUUCGGCGGCCUCAUCGUGAUCUUCUUUGUCUCAACACUUGUUCUAGCCAAGAGCCUCGGAAUCAUCAUACGCAGUUGGGACAGUCUUGUGAAGAUCGUUCGCACCAAACUCGGUAUGCAUGACCCGUUUGAUUUGGAAGAUAUGAUGGAUCAGGCCGAGGAAGAGCUGGAGAAGGAGAAAAAGAACGCUGAAAGUGCAUCUGAAUCUAUGGGAGAGGGAGGGUCGUCAACGUCAGUGCAUCGAAAGGGACCGAUGGCUUUUGUCCGGAAUUUGAGAGCGAGGAAGAAGGGCGAGAAGAAGACUGCGGUGGAUAAGAGCCUCCCGUGA